GAUUAUUUUUUUUGCUUUGCCUAUCUGUACAUUUAGAUUGUCAUUGAUGGAAAUAUUUUUGUCGGCUUCCAUGUGUACAGCGAAAUUGUUGAUAAAAAUCUAAUCCUUCUAAGCCUAUUUAUACUCUUACCUUUACUCAGGCUGCCAUGACUUUAUUUUUAAAUGUGAGUAAAUAAGGAUAGAUCGAAGGACCUAUUUCUAGAGUCUUGUCUUGUAUACAAAUUCCGCUCCCAUUGGAGUUCUGUGUGGAAUGACUGUAAACUCUGGUUCUUAUGUCACUUUGAGAAAUACUAUAAAGAGUGGUGUUGAUAAAGUUUCCCAUCUGUACUUUAGAUAUAUGUUUGAACUGUAUAGACAAUUUUAUAGUGCAAGCUAUUAUUUGUUACUUUUGUGUACGUAAGAUUGUAAUUUAAAAGGCAAACAAAUUCACUUUUUUGUUGUUGGCAUUCAUUGUAUUUCACAUACUUAGAAUGUACAUAGAUAUUUGUUUGUCUUUAAGGCCAUGGUAGGUGAGGAGUGUGUAGGUGCCAUCGUCUGCAAGUUGGAUAUGCACAAAAAGAUGUUCCGCAGAGGUUAUAUAGCCAUGUUAGCAGUGGAUUCCAAAUACAGAAGAAAAGGCAUUGGUACAAAUUUGGUUAAGAAAGCUAUUUAUGCCAUGGUUGAAGGAGAUUGUGAUGAGGUUGUCUUGGAAACAGAGAUCACAAACAAGUCUGCUUUGAAACUUUAUGAAAAUCUUGGUUUUGUGCGAGAUAAGAGGCUGUUCAGAUACUAUUUAAAUGGAGUUGAUGCACUGCGUCUUAAACUGUGGCUGCGUUAAAAGAAACCAUCACAUCAAUCAACUGACUUCCCAACAACACAGAGUUGUCCUUUGCAUGCAAUGCAAUUUGUACAGAAUUGCUUUGCAGGUGGACUUAGUAAUUUCCAUGCAGCUCUUAUUUGUCAGUGUCUCAUUGAGUGUCGCACAUAUUUGUUGCACUUUGGCAUGGCGCAUUUGUUCUGAAUUAAAACAGAUUGUUUCAAACUUCGAGUUCUUUUGGUACCAGCAAGAUGUGCCAGUUGAUAGCCAAGAUAUGUUCAUUCAUUUGCAAGUCUACUGACUGUAUUACAUACAUAGUGAACACUUGAUCAAAGAAACUGUAUGUGGAACGCAACGCUUGGUUCCAGAAAAAAGCCAAUGUAGAUUGUAAAAUUCUAUAAGUAUACUAACAUUUCAUACAAAACUUGCCAUAGUUUUCUGGAAAAAGGCUUCAAUUUUAGGUUUUAUUUUCAAUAUUGAAUUUUCCAUUCUUAAAUAUUGGUACCUCAGUGAUUAGUGAAUGAAAAAAUGUAUUGUAGGGUGGGGUGUGUGUUACAAUGAGUAACAGUAACAAUUAAAUUGCGUCUGCCAGUGCCUGUAUAGAUAAGUAUAUUUGUCUUCACCUCUAAUUUUUGAGUGCAUGCUUUUUUUCUUUUACUUUUUUCAAUUGUCUUUGCAAGCAAACUUCUGCUUUUAUUUAAAUUCUGAAUUUGAUAAUAAAUUAUUUCAGAUUUUUAUAAUUUGGAUACUUCUCCCAGAAAAGGGUUUGGAAAGCCCAUCUUUUCUUAUAGCAAGAAGUGUUAAGCUAUUUUGAAAAACCUUGAGUAGCUGCUAAAAAAAGAACCUGAUGUCACCAGUAAAUUUCCGCUGGUUUUGGAUGCACUUUUUCUUUAAAAGAGGGAUUUUAAAAAAAUAUAUAGAAAAUUAAUGUAAAUUGGUAUGAUUUUAUUUAAUCAAAAUUAUCGCUAGAAGCUCUGAAGAACAGCUCUUUUAAAAUAGAACCAUUUUUUCACUUUGAUUUGGUUUCAGACUGCUUUGCUUCAGUGUUCUAAAAUGCUUCAAUCUUCGGUUCUAGAUCUUUGAAAUAAAUGUCAAGGUGUAUUGUAUCCAUUUUUAGCUGCUCUCACCUUCUCAAAACUUAUUUGAGCUAAGUUAUUGGGGGGGUUCUUUUUUUUUUUUUUUUUCUGCCCCUUUAAAAUAAAUGUAGCAGGGAAGGGACUUCCCUUUUUUAAAUGGGAUACAUAGGUCUUCCUAAAAGCUGUCAACUUGUUCAGCAGUAAUGCUGUGUGUAUGUUCUCCGGAUUGACCAAUGUGAUAUAUGACCAACUUUAUAAAUGGAUUGUAUUUCAUCCUGAAAAAAGAUGACAUUGGUUUAUUUAUAUAAGUGGAAGAACCUAGGCAGCCCAUGAAAAAAGGAUGAACUCUCAAUGAGUCUGCUCUUCUGUACUGAGUGUAAUCUUCAGAUUUGCCUUAUUACACUGUGUUUUUAGGGUUUGGUUAGAGUCAUGUUUUUUAAUUGUUAUAAUUACUGUACAUUUAAAAACCCUACCUCCUGUAAUGUUUGGAAAACAUCCCCUUGCAGGAAAACUGGAUUUAAAGGAAAGCCAGCCUUAUUUUGCACAGACAAACGUUCACAUGGUGACAGGCAUUUCUCACCAUGUACAAAUUGUGAAUUGUAUUUGAAAAUAAAGAUUUUUUUUUAAUUAAAAUUGGCACGUGGAAGUUCUCUGCUUGUGGACACCAUUUGUGCUUUUCACUUUUUCCAUUUCUAAAAUGAAAUGAAUCCUCUAAAAUGGUGCCAGAAUCAAUGUAAACUGAAGACUCUUAUUUACAGAACAGGUAUGUUAUGGUCAGCGGCAGGGCAUGUUUCCACCAUACUGCCCUGUAAUGUAAUUCAUGCUUGUUCUGAUUCAAAAACUUCUAGGGAUAAGAAUAUUGUUGACUCUGCUUAAUCAAUCAUUGCUUGGCCUCUUGUGAAUAUACUGUCAAUAGGUGUCAAUUGUAGUUAAGAUUUCAGUGAUAUGGACUUCAGUCCACUAGAAACUGAACCUUCACCACAAACUUAAUUUCCCAUAGGUGUUUUAGUGUCCUCUCAAAUGGUAACUGCUUUGGUUCAUUUGGCACUAAUGAUCCAGAGAGGAGAUGCUUCAUGUCCUGUUACCAACUGUUGGAGACUAUGGUAGGGGGUCCAGUGUUGGAAAUGGCAAACCAGUCUGUCUUGUUUCAUUGUUUAAAAAACAGCAGAAGAGAAGUCCUUUGCUGGUCAAAUCUGAAAACACCUACUGUUUAAAUAUUAAAAGCAUAUUAAAACCUAGCUUACAAUAGCUCAUACAGGCUGUUGCACAAAUAACACUUUUGAGCAAAAUUCAAAUACAAUUCCGUCUAGCCGUGGCAAGAAGUGGUUCUCACCAUGCAAACUUUCAGAAUGCUGAGCAAAAUGGGGGUAACUUUCUUUUAAGAGUGCUGUCUACAAUAGUCUAAUAUUGCUACUGUAUCACACAGAGUUCACUACAGAAGAUACUGAAGCUGUACACAUUGGUAUUAAAAAAACUGGUCUAGUCUCACUUUGUUGCCUGGGGGGGAUGUCAUGAAUUUGCAACAAGAUGAGAAUGUCAUUAACAUGAAAACAGUUCAAAUAGUACUUCAAAUAGAGUCUAGCAAAAAAAAGGCAUAAUCAGGGUUUCUUGGGGUUCUUUGUCUUUGUUGCCAAGACAUGCUCCCUGCCCCUUUUUGCAUUGACAAAUCUAAACUGAGUUGGUAUUAAGUCACUUUUAUGUUUAACUUUAUAUUGCCUGAAAUACUGCUAUUGGCUGACAUGUCAGAGAUGUGUGCAUUACAAUGCUUAAAAAAGAAAAAAAGUUACGACUAUCAGGUUCACCACUAAUCUAAUUGGCAUUGCAUAGCGCAUCACAGUUUCAGUGCACCACAAGACAUCACUAAAACUGAGUGCUAAGUUACCAGGUUUUCAGGUUUUGUAGAAAUGCGACCAUAAAUUAUAUUGGAGUUCAGGGCUCAGGUGGGUAGCUAAAAAAUAUCAAGUGUAUCUCAAAAUAUUGGACUGCUGUUUUGAGUGGAUUAUGUUCUUCUGUCCUUUAUCCUUUGGCGAGAACAAGAACCAGUGGGGUUAUGGAAUGUGCAAGCUGUCAAAAUAAGAUGCAGUCAAAUAAAAUAUGGUUAAGUUGUUUAUGCA